AUGUCUACAAAUUCCGACCAAGAAGAUCCCAUAGCAGACUUUCACAUCCCUCGCAUUCCAUACAACGAAGACAUGAUCGUCAAGAUCAUCAAUGAAACCUACCAUCUCUAUCAACAACUGAAUUAUAUCGCUACCUGGGAACUUAUCUGGCCGCCCGAAGGUGGCCAUAUGAUCAACCAGGCUCUUUGUGAAAAGCUUCAUCUCGAUCCCGCUAUUGCUCUUACCUGCUCGACUGAUGAGGGGUCUUCUGCGAUUAUGGAUUUAAAGGAGAACACAAUUCGAGUCUGGGACUUUAAUGAUGGCCCCCCGGGAGACGAUCUGGACAACUAUCGCUCUUACCCUCCAUUUCAUGCUCCAACAUUUUUAUCCACUCAUCUUGAGAGGCAUGACGACGAAGAGUAUCUCAAGAUCAAGAAAACUCUCCAGGAACAGUUCGGCUGGCCGUAUGAUUUUAGGGAAGAAGAGUGUAAGGCUGUUGCAAAGGUUACCUGGGAAAGAAUUCUCCGUGAUGAACCGGAUUUCGAGCUUGAGCCAGGUGAUAGCGACCUGCCUCCCGGAAUGGAAAGGGACCAAGAUUUCAAUGGUCCAUUCCCACAGCCGCCAAGAUGA